AUCUCGUGAAAAUAGAUUCCCUUCCUUGUAGAAAUCAUUUAAGUGGUGAGCCGCCACCUGGAGAGUUUGAACUGCAGUGGAGCUGAGCAGGUGAAACCAAUGGGCCAAAUCGAGUGGGCGAUGUGGGCCAACGAGCAGGCUCUGGCUGCCGGCCUCAUUCUCCUCACUGGAGGAGUUGUCGGGGUGGCUGGGCAGUUCAGAGGCUGGGAGUUUGCUGCUUAUGCUGUUGCUGCUGGGGUGUUUGUGUGUCUACUUGAGUAUCCCAGAAGCAAGAGGGCCAAGGGCACAAGUGUAGCCAGAUCCGGUCAGUACUGCUUCACAGUGUGUGUAAAAGCCUUUGGACCACUGACAAGGAACUACUACGUCAGGGCGUUUUUACAUGCCGCAAUCUGUGUACCUGGAGGUUUCAUGCUUGCUACAGUCCUCGGAUGUGUCUGCCUGGGCAUUGCCAGCCUCAUUUACCUCGCAGCAGCCAUCCGAGGUGAACACUGGGAGCCAAUUCUUCCACAGAAGGAUACCAGGAAGCCGGUUGCACAGAGUAUCAAGAAUCCUCCUCAGAAUCCACCACCCAGACCUCCUGCAGAGCUGCGCAGGAAACCGGCAAAGGACCUGGAGUCAGCAGCGUAUGACAACCCCAUGUCUGUUACUGAUGAGUAGCCUGCCGAGUGCUGAAUCCUCUGUAUCCCUUCUCCUCUAAACCAGUUACUGUGCAUCAUCACUGGAUUCUGUGACUCUAGAUGAACAAAUUUCUGAAGUUUAGUGAAGCUCGUGACUGGGUGACAUGUUGAGUGCACAUCUUCUUACCUCAACUUGUGGAAAAGAAAUGCUAGGAUGAGGAUUCAGAGGAGAAUGGAUGAAGUGAAUUUUUCAUUUUUUUUUUUAAACACGCCACCGAACAUAAAUGUAAACGCUGUAGCUGGUAAGUGGCAAAAACAAACCAAUGCUCUCAGGUUAUGUGGCUGUAGGAAUGUUGGUGUUGGUUUACUGCUCUGAUAAAAGAUCAAAUACCUGUUUUCUGUUCCAGCAACCAUAUACUUCAAGUUAUACCACAUCUUCUGUUGCCACACUAUGUUCUUAACCCUCUGUAUUGGUAUACUUGUUUAAGGCAACUGAUCAGAACACUGUAUGAUUACAUAGUAGUGUUGAAUAGGAUUAUAUGUGGACAUACUGGGUUUUGGCUGUUCUAUGCUGAUAUUUGCCAUUUAUAUACAUUUUUAUCUGUAUUGUUGAUGUGUUGUAAAUAAAGCCUUUGCAUCCUUUGAA